UGUUGGAAGUGUUGUUUUGUUGUUUGUUUUUGUUGUUGUGACUGAAUCCAGUCGUUCAAGCAACGUUUUUUUUUUGUUAUCAUUCGUUUAAAACGAAAUAUAUUUUUGGAUUAAUAAAAGCCGCAGAAAUAUUUGGUUCAAUAGUUAUUGUUAAAAUUUUUUUUUAAUUGUAUAAUUUAUUGAAUUUUUUCUUACCAUCUUAUUAUCAAAGUCUUUUUAUUACAAUCAACAAUGGACCAACCGGACAAUUCUAAUGAUAAUUAUCGUUACAAUAAUAAUGCUUGUAUCGAUCAGUCCACAAAUAAUCGUUAUUUAAAUCAUCCCCAUCGUCAACAAUAUAAUCAAAACAACAAUUAUGUAGAUCGUAAUAAUCAUCAUCGAGGAUCACAGAAUUUUUCUCGUUCCAAUAAUCAUUUUAGAGAUCAGGAUAAUUAUGAUACAAGAAGAUCGAAUAAUUAUGGCUUUAGAUCUGGAACAAAAACAAAUUAUCAAUCAAGUGAUUUGCCACCGAGAUUUGCACGUAAUCGUCAAAUUAAUUCAAAUGAAAAUAGUUCGAGAAAUAAUCACCAAACUCGUUAUCGUAAUAAUGAAAGCCAACAACAAAUUCCUAAAGAUGAAUCUGAUAUUCACAAUCGUUUUAACCGAAUGGAUAUGAACAAUGGCUCAAAUUCUGUAAAUCGUGAUGAUCGCGAUAAAGCAUAUCAUGAUGAUGAUGGCCUAAGAAAUAUACCAAGUACAAGUCACCAUCGAUCACAAGAUUUUCAUCAACGUCAUCAUUUUCAAGCUCCUAGAAAUCGAGGUUUAAAUGAUAAUACCAAUGGCAAACAAUCUAUUCGUAUGGAUGCUACCAAAACAGUUAAGAAUCGAGUGAAAUCUGAUCUAGAAAGUCAGCGAGAAAUCAUGGAUGAAUUAUUGCGUAAAGCACAAUAUGAAUGUAUCAUAUGUUGUGAUAUGAUUCGUGUUCAUGAUCGAACAUGGAAUUGUAAUAAUUGUUUCAAUGUUUUUCACUUAAAAUGUACACAACAAUGGGCGCGUAAAUCAUCGAUAGAUCCGAAUGAAGCAUCAACUUCUCAAGAUAAGAAAAAAAAUCAACAGAUUCAGGAAUGGCGUUGUCCUACAUGUCAAUCAGUGCAUCGGAAUUUUCCCAAUUAUUACCAUUGUUUUUGUGGUAAAUUAAGAGAUCCAGAAGUCAGCAAUUACCGUGUUCCUCAUUCAUGCGGUGAAAUGUGUUCAAAAAAUCUUGAAUUAUUCAAUAUAAAAAUCGAAAACGAAGAAUAUUUUGAAUGCAAACAUCGAUGUACUCUUAUGUGUCAUCCUGGAAAAUGUCCUCCAUGUACGGUGAAAGUUGAACGAAUUUGUUCAUGUCGAAAAACUAAGAUGUCAUUGAAUUGUGCGGCAAAAUUGUCCGACAUAAAAUGUUCAGAACCUUGUAAUAAAUUGCUUGAUUGUGGCAAACAUCGUUGUCAAAAGAAUUGUCAUUUCGGACGAUGUGAUCCAUGUGAAAAAAUUUUUGAAAUGAAAUGUUAUUGUGGAAAAGAAUCUCGCCAGGCUGUUAGCUGUAUCGAUCUCGAGUCUGGAUACUGUUGUGAAAAAAUAUGUUCAAAGCCAUUCGAAUGUGGUUCGCAUAAAUGUGAAAAAUUAUGUCAUUCUGGUUCGUGUGGUUCAUGUCCAUUAAGUCCAGAAUCGGUCACUAAAUGUCCGUGUGGUAAUACAAGCCUAUCUAGUAUCGCCAAUCAACAGACACGAAAAUCAUGUUUGGAUCCGAUUUCAAAUUGUGGAAAAAUUUGUGAUAAAAUUCUUCCGUGUGGUAGUGAUAAUGAUAAACCACAUCGAUGUAAAUCUUUUUGUCAUAGUGGCGAAUGUCCUGCUUGUGAUCAAACGACCAUAAUUCGAUGUUAUUGUGGCGCUAAUUCUCAAAAAAUUAAUUGCAAGAAUCUGGAAUCAAAAACAUUCAAAUGUAAACGAAAAUGUAAUAAGAAACUCAGUUGUGGCCGACACAAAUGUCUUAAGGAAUGUUGUACGGAAAAAGAGCAUCCAUGUCGGCAAACUUGUGGCCGAAAACUUAUUUGUGGUAAGCAUACAUGCGAAGAACAAUGUCAUCAAGUUUGUCGAAGUUGUCCAAAUGUAAUAUGGGAUGAAAUAACAUGUAAUUGUGGACAGGAAAAAUUAUUUCCACCACAACCUUGUGGCACUUUAAAACCACCUUGUAAGCGACCUUGUUCAAGAAAUCAUGGUUGUGAUCAUACACCUUUGCAUCCUUGUCAUGAUGAACCAGAAUGUCCACCUUGUAUAGAAUUCGUUAGCCGUCUUUGUUAUGGAGGUCAUGAAGUACGAGAAUCAGUUCAUUGUUAUGAAAAUGGCGUUUCAUGCGGACGUUUCUGUCAGAAACCAUUGCCAUGUGGUUUACAUAAAUGUUCGAAAAUUUGUCAUGACGGUGAAUGUCCUGUUUGUACUCAACGAUGUAUUAAAAUACGACCGGAUUGUUUGCAUCAAUGUGGCUUACCUUGUCAUCAGAUUUCAUCGGAAAUUUGUCCUGAAAGUCCAUGUCAUGAACGAAUCAAGAUCUAUUGUGAAUGCGAAUAUAAAUCUAAAGAGGUUGAAUGUAGUACUGUAUUAGAUUCUCGUCAAUUUCAACGACAGUUGGAUGAUAUUUUACGACGAUUUAGUUUUAAUUCAUCAAUUACAUUGGAUGAAAUGAAAGAAAUGGUACGCCAUAAUGCAAAACAUUCACUUGAAUGUGAUCAAGAUUGUGCACGCGAAAAACGUAAUCGAAAUCUAGCCGAUGCUUUGGGUGUUGAUUCAGAAGGCCUAACGAUCGGUGCUAAUCUUGUUAAAUAUUCUGAUCAAUUGAAAAAUGAAGCUCGUUCUAAUCCACAAUUUAUUAUGAAUGUACAUGAUAAAUUUGUCCAAUUGUUGGAUGCUUUUAAUCAGUCUAACCAGAAAAUUAUGUGUUAUAAUUUUCAACCUAUGAAUCGAAAUAAUCGUGAAAUUAUACAUAAUUAUGCAGCCCAUUUUGGAUUGAAAACUGAAUCGGUGGAUAAGGAACCAAAUCGUAGUAUAGUAAUUACUGCGAAUAAAAAUUCAUCCAUACCGAAAACUUCACUAUUAGAAGCGGUCAAUAUUGAUGUUAAAGAUUUACGACCAAAACAAAGUAUCGUCAAAUAUAAAAAAGCAAGCGAAGAAAAUCGUAACAAAAAAGUUAUCAAUUAUUUUGAUGAUUAAUGAAAAAAAAAUGAA